GUAAUCGAGCUCUUCGCCGUGCAUGUACCUGACGAGGAACAUGAGAUUGCUCGUCGAAUCUCGGCGUCUAGUAGUAGCGGAUUGGAUCGGCUUGGAAUCGCCAUUGGCAGGUGGAUUGGUACA